AUGGCAAAAUCUGGAACUUGCACCUCCGUCAUCAACUUGCGUUACCAAGAUGGCAGCGAGGGGAGCCCCUCCAACCCCGCCAAGUUCAACAACCAAGACUAUGCCCAGCUGAAAGAUAACUACCUGCGCAAAGGGAAGCUGUUUGUGGACAGCACCUUCUCGCCUGACAACCAGUCUCUGGGAGACCUGCCUGAUCUGAGCAGCUGGCGUGAAGCGCAAGUCAUGUGGCUUCGACCAGCAGACAUCUUGAAAGCACAAAACAACAGCGAUGAGCCUUUCUUCUGUACGAAAGGAGCCUCGCGGUUUGACUUUGGUCAAGGCAGUGUGGGUAACUGCUGGUUUCUGGCUGCGAUUUCCUCACUGACAUUCCAUAAAAGCCUGAUGGUGCAAGUUGUGCCUAUGGACCAGUCCUUCAAGAGCUACGCAGGGAUAUUUCACUUCAGGUUCUGGAGGUUUGGCAAGUGGGUGGAUGUUGUCAUUGAUGACCACCUGCCAACACUCAACGGGCAGUUACUGUCUGUGCGCUCCAAGUGUGGGAACGAGUUCUGGGUGCCUCUGCUGGAGAAAGCAUACGCCAAAGUGUGUGGUUCAUACGCAGACAUGAACAUUGGGUUGCCAUCAGAAGCCUGCAAGGAUUUCAGCGGAGGCGUGCACAUGAAUUACCUACUCAGGGAGGCCCACUCUGCAGGCCACGAUGAGGAGCUGUGGCUCUCACUGAGCAGAGCCACCGGCUGCAACUCCAUGGUUUGCUGCGCGACUGCCCAGAAAGGGGACAAGCUGGUGAACACUGUAGCGCACACCGGAUUGGUGGAUGGACAUGCCUAUUCUGUCACAGCAGUCACUGAGGUCGAGUAUUACGGCUCCAAGGUGAAACUGGUGCGAGUCAUGAACCCUUGGGGCAGACAAGAGUGGAACGGAAAGUGGAGUGACAAGUCAGACCUGUGGAACAGGGUCAGCCCAGGUGAUCGGGAAAAGUGUUUCGACCGCAACGAUGGAGAGUUCUGGAUGGAGUUGGAGGACUUCUGUCACCACUUCGAGAUGUUGUUCAUCUGCUGCGAGAGCCCUAACUUCAUUGAUGGAGACCUCACCUGCCAGUGGAAAUGCAUGAUUUAUGACGGCAGCUGGGUGGCCGGGAGAUCUGCAGGUGGCAACGUGACUUAUUCCACCUUUGCAAUCAAUCCUCAGUAUCGCAUCCGGGUGACCAAAAUAGACAAGGAGGAGGAGGGGGACAAAAAUGUCUUGCUUUCUCUGAUGCAGAAACCUCAGCAGCAGAAUCGCAAGCAUACAAGACCCUACCCAAUUGGACUCACCCUCUUCCAGGUUCCAGCAGGGACACCAGCAGGACGCCUGGGGGCCUCCUUCUUUCAUGGAAACAGGCCUUUGAAGCAAAUACAGUCUUACACCGAUGAAAGGGAUUUGAUUGAGCAUCACAGUCUGCAGCCAGGAGAGUAUCUGAUUGUCCCCUCCACCAUAAAGCCCUACAUGAGUGCAGACUUCGUCCUUACUGUCUACACCAAGGCUGAGACUAAGAUCAGCCCCCAUGAUGGGCAUGAAGAUGAUCAUCAUGACCACGAAAAGGAGACCCUUCCCGAGAGACCAGCUGACGAGGACGAUGACAAGGACGAUGACGAGGACGAUGACAAGGAGACCACUGGCAAGGAUCCCAUCCACGUCACGUUCAGCCACUAUGCUGAUCAGUACGGUGAGCUGAGUGGCAGACAGCUCCAGAGGCUCCUGAAUGACAACUUCCCUCAUGGAAGCUGGAACGGCUUUGGUUUGGACACCUGCAGGAGCAUGAUAGCUUUAGUGGAUACCGACCAAAGGAUGACGAUGACCUUCAGUGAGUUCUCCACCCUCUGGAAGAAGAUCAAUGAAUACAAGAAACUGUUCCAUCGCUCAGAUUUGAACCAGAGUGGAUCACUGUCUGACUAUGAGCUCAAGAGGGCUAUUGAGGCUGCAGGAAUGGACCCGAACGAUGGCAUGGUGAUGCUGAUGAUGUUCCGCUAUUCAGGCUUCUCAUCCACCUCCAUAGAAGGCUUCAUCACUCUCAUGUUACGCCUGGACAAGAUGUCAAAUAUUUUCGAGGACAAAUCAUCAAAUGGAGUGAUCCACCUGACCAGGGACGAGUGGUCCAACUUCUUCAUGUACAACUAG